GCUACUCAAACGCCAGCCGUUAUAUUAGGAAUGAUUAUAUCAUUAAUAAUCAGAGCCCACAUAAUAACAAAAUUAUUCGCUAGCUGGAUGAAUUAGCCUUUAUAACAGUGACUUCUCCUAUUACGUGAAAAGUCAUCACGUCUGUUUCAGUCGGUGACAGACCUGUGGCCUGUGCUAGUUCUCCUAGUUAGCUAAUUUAUCUAACGCUAAGAUAACUAGUUAUCUUAUUGACUGCGUUCAGAAACAAAGAUAAACGUUACUGACGUUGGGUUAAGUUAGGGCUAGGUUGGGCUUAGUUACUGACGGUCGGCUGUGGUCGUGGGGAACGUAGACCGUUAGUUAACCUAGCGUAUGUCCUGGUGAGAUCCGGAAAGGGCACCGUUCAGACCUUUCUGACAGGAGUCUGGAAGAAUGUCUGAAAAACCGACCCGAAUUGCCAUCGUCAACCAUGACAAGUGCAAGCCAAAGAAAUGCAGACAAGAAUGCAAGAAAAGUUGCCCAGUGGUUCGAAUGGGAAAGCUGUGUAUAGAGGUCACCCCACAGAGCAAACUUGUCUGGAUAUCUGAAUCACUCUGUAUAGGAUGUGGUAUCUGCAUUAAGAAAUGUCCAUUUGGGGCCUUGGCCAUUGUCAACCUACCAAGUAACCUUGAGAAAGAGACCACUCACAGAUACUGUGCCAAUUCUUUCAAACUCCACAGGCUACCGAUACCCAGACCAGGAGAGGUUUUAGGGCUGGUGGGAACCAACGGCAUCGGAAAGUCAACUGCACUUAAGAUCCUGGCAGGAAAACAGAAGCCAAACUUGGGAAAAUAUGACGUGAGUGCUCCCCCUGACUGGCAGGAGAUCCUGACUUACUUCCGUGGGUCUGAGCUGCAGAAUUACUUCACUAAGAUCCUUGAAGAUGAUUUGAAGGCCAUUGUGAAGCCUCAAUAUGUGGACCAGAUCCCCAAAACUGUCAAAGGCAGUGUAGGGUCUAUUCUGAGCAGGAAGGACGACACUAAAACGGAGAGCGUGGUCUGUGAACAACUGGACCUGACUCAUCUCAGGGACAGAAACGUGGAGGACUUGUCAGGGGGAGAACUGCAGCGUUUUGCCUGUGCUGUGGUUUGUAUCCAGAGGGCAGACAUUUUCAUGUUUGACGAGCCGUCCAGUUACCUGGACGUGAAGCAGAGACUGAAGGCUGCCAUCACCAUUCGCUCUCUUAUCACGCCAGACAGAUACAUCAUCGUAGUGGAGCAUGACCUCAGUGUUCUGGACUACCUGUCUGACUUCAUCUGCUGCUUAUAUGGAGUACCCAGCGCAUAUGGUGUGGUUACCAUGCCCUUCAGUGUGCGCGAAGGCAUCAACAUAUUUCUGGAUGGCUACGUGCCAACAGAGAACCUUCGGUUCCGCGAGACGUCACUGGUGUUCAAGGUGGCCGAAACAGCCACGGAGGAGGAGGUGAAGAAAAUGUGUCGCUACCAGUACCCCAACAUGAUGAAGGUGAUGGGCGACUUUGAGCUGAAGAUCUCCGGGGGCGAGUUCACGGACUCAGAGAUUAUGGUGAUGCUCGGGGAGAAUGGCACUGGCAAAACCACCUUUAUUAGGAUGCUGGCUGGCCGACUAAAACCAGAUGAUGGUGGAGAGGUGCCUAUCCUCAAUGUUAGCUAUAAGCCUCAAAAGAUCAGCCCCAAGUUUAAAGGUAGCGUGCGUGCUCUGCUCCACGAGAAGAUCAGAGACGCAUACACACACCCGCAGUUCGUCACAGAUGUCAUGAAGCCCAUGCAGAUUGACAGCAUCAUUGAUCAGGAUGUUCAGAACUUGUCUGGAGGAGAGCUUCAGAGAGUGGCGCUGGCUCUUUGUCUGGGAAAGCCCGCAGAUGUCUACCUGAUAGACGAGCCCUCAGCCUACCUGGACUCCGAGCAGCGUCUGAUGGCUGCUAGGGUCAUCAAACGAUUCAUUCUCCAUGCAAAGAAAACAGCCUUCGUGGUUGAGCACGACUUCAUCAUGGCCACGUAUCUGGCUGACCGUGUUAUUGUGUUCGAUGGAGUUCCAUCAAAAAGGACGACCGCAAACAUGCCACAGACGCUGCUUGCAGGGAUGAACAAGUUCCUCUCUCUGCUGGAGAUCACGUUCCGCAGAGACCCCAACAAUUUCAGACCAAGAAUCAAUAAACUCAAUUCCAUUAAGGAUGUGGAGCAGAAGAAAGGGGGUAACUACUUCUUCCUCGAUGACUAGUUUCAUCCCUCUCGACAGGAUCUGGCUGUCCUCCCAAAAUCACACACUUCAGCAAGAUUGAGAAAGGGGGAAAGAGUUUGCUAAUGAGAUGUGGACUCUGGACCUGCUGCUAUAAGCUUGCUUCUGCCUUCCACUACAGACUUAUUCUCUUUUUAUUGGUACUUUAAGGAAAACUUCUGUAUUGGCAUUCUCAAUACAUUUUCAGUGUUUGACCACCAGAGGGCACCUGACUACCUGUACUGGCACAUGCAUUAAUAUUAUGGCUCUCAAUUCUCAUGUCUUUUAAUGUUGAUUAAAAGAUAUGUGGAUGACAAA